UGUGCUAUUGUAGAUCCUGUUGGGUUGAGUGGUGGAUUAGUCUUAUGCUGGAAUAAUGAAGUGCAGAUUUCUCAAGUUAUCUGCCAACAAUUCUUCAUUGCUGUGGAGUACAAAAUGGCUGAUGUUGCCUCUACAUGGGGAACCUUUGUUUAUCUUAGCACUUCAAAUACCAUCAGACAAGAUCAAUGGAGGGAUUUAGAAACAGCCAAAUCUCUCUGGGGAGACAACUUGUAUAUACAAGGUAAUUGGAAUGACAUCAACUCUAAGGAGGACAAAAGAGGGAGAAUCCCUAGGUCAGAAUCCAGCAAGGCAGGCUUCAGAAAUUUUACUAAUCUAAUGGGAAUGGAAGAAAUAAGGAUGAUUGGGAACAAGUUCACUUGGUGCAACAACAGAUUCACUGAAGGUCUAGUGGAGGAAAAAUUGGACAGAGGAUUUGCUUCUCCUGACUGGCUAGAGAAUCACCCUCAUGCUUAUAUUUCUACUAUGACCAAAGCUUCCUCUGAUCACUCAAUGCUGAUCUUGCACAUAUGGGACAGUAAAUCCAAAAGGAAAAGUAAGUUUUCCUUUGACAAAAGGUGGCUUACUAGGAAGGGUGUUGGUGAUAUUAUGAAAGCAGCUUGGAACUUACCUCAGUCAGGCACUCCUUUUUUCAUCCUGAAAGAGAAAAUUAAAACCACAAGACUGGCUUUGCUGAAGUGGAGUGCCUCUUUCAAAACUGAGAACCAAUCUCUUAUUGCAAAUCUCUCAAAGAAGCUGGAUCUUCUUCAGGAAAACAGAAACACAACAAACUGGGAGAAUUGGAUUAGCUCAGAAAUAGAGCUUGAAGCUGCCCACAGAUCUGAGGAAAUUUUUUGGCUACAAAAAGCCAAUGUUCAGUGGCUGAGGGAAGGUGACUGCAACUCAAAAUUCUUUCAUUCAUACACUAUGCAGAGAAGAAGACAAAAUGCAAUCACUAGAAUUGUUACAAGUCAGAACAGAGUCUGCAACACUCACAAGGAUAUUCAAGAUCAUAUAACAGAUUUCUACUCAGAACUCUUUACCUCAGAAGGAUCAUGGGGAGGAGAUUCUAUCCUUCAGCUAAUUCCUCAUUCUGUUACUUCUGAUAUGAAUCUUCAGCUCUUGAAAACAGUAGAUGAGGAGGAGAUCAAAGCAACUCUCUUCAGUCUACACCCAGAGAAAACUCCAGGAGAAGAUGGUAUGACAGCUUUGUUUUAUCAAUCUUUCUGGAAAAUUAUUAAACCUGAAUUA